UUAUCUCAGUUGAACUAAUCCUACUUUCAAAACAUCAACCUAACAACUUCUAUUUACUUCGAUUUCAGAAUAUAUCAACUCUUUGCAUCUGGAUCUUGCGUUGUUUCUCGGCUCUCACAUCAAGGUUUUAAAUUUUUUGUCGGCUUUUCACAUCUCCCUCUUGCAUUGUUUUUACAAAUCACUCCAAACACAUAUCAAUUGAGAGGUAUGGGCGGUGGUUAUCCAAUUCCCGUUGAAUCACUAGGAUCAACAAACCAUGGACGAUCAUCCGAUCGCCAUUUAAACCUUCCUGAUUCAAACCCUCUAACUUCAAACCCACCUCCGGUGGCAAACCCACCUCCGGUGUCAACCCCACCUCCGGUUUUAACCCCACCUUCGGUUUCAACCCCACCUCCAUUGGCAAACCCUGAACAUGAUGAUCCAUUUGGUUGGACGGAUGAAGAGUUGAAUUGGGCGUAUGACUAUACCUUCGCUCAACUACAAUUUGGUGGACUACAAAUUGAGGGGUGCCAUCGUCCGGUGCCAAACACUCCUAUACUGCCUAUGCAUCCUCCACCUUCAAACCCCCCUUAUGUGGAAAACUACAGUCAAACACAAGAACUACCGACCUGGGCUGAAGGGUACGAAACUGACCCUGGGGCGGUUUACGAACCACCAUUGGAUGAAAAAAUGGUUUGGGAACCUUAGAACAACUUUUAUGAUG